GUCGAUAUGGGUAAUCUCCAACGCAAUCGUUCAAAGGAGAUUGCAAGAGAUCAUCCUUCAGGGCGUUCGGGUCAAUCGAAAGGUAAACGACAAGUAGGGGCAACAUCUUCGUCCCAAAUCCGUGAUGAUUGGGCGGCCGAUUAUAACCGUAGAGAUGCAAUGGUCGUUGAGCAACUUCAGCAACUCUUGGACCAAAAUCAAGGUCGGUUUUUGCAUCAAGAAAACCUCCCCGAGAUUAAUGAGGAGUCGGAGGACAAUGAUUCUGAGAAGGAUCAAGGAAGCGAUGGGAAUGCGGGGCACCAAGUCGGUGGCCCCGAGGAUGAACAAAGCGACGGGGAUAACCCCGACGAGGAGGAGCAAGCAGGCGGCGUCGGUUCAUCCUAAGCAGCCCAAAAUCGUAAGUCUAAACUAAAAUCUCUUCUUUUUGUAGAUCAUUUUAGCAAGGUGAAGGAUCCGACGAACGGGAAGUGGCACACACAUUGCAAACAUUGUCUGCAAACAUUGUGCAUGGGGAUUUCGGCGGGCUACGACACGGUCCAAAGGCACUUGAACUCGAGGCACCCCACAUAGGUGGCGAAAAUGAAGGGCAAGGGCGUGCAAACACAAAUAUCGAGGACCCAUCGUUUUUUUCAAAGUACAAAUGAGGAGUUGUGUUAAUAGCUAGAAACCUACAGAGGAAUAAAAAAGUAGAAGAAGGUUGGGUUGAAGCAGGUGGGAAGCAGAGAAAGACUCGAAGUGCACUCUAUCAACACACAACUGGUAUUAAUUGAAUCCAAGGGGCAAGGACAGAACCAUAUGCGCUUUCAAAAAGGAAUUUUAUCAAUCUGUGAUCUGAAAGUUUGACUAAUUAUCAAUCCGAAACUCAAAAGAUGAAAUGUAUCGGUAUAAGAUCCGAAUGAUGAAUACUAUUCAUCUAGGACCUAUCAUUUCGUAGGUUUUGAUUCUUUAAUUUUUUACGUAGUACUAUUUACAUUCCUAAUAUUUUAUGAUUUUUUCGUCACAAAAGUUUAUUAGUUUAAUAAACUAAAUAUUAUUUAUUUAUUUUUAAAUAAAAAGAAUAAUAAAACUUAUGACAACUUUUGUCCAAUAUCGGCAGUUUUCU